AUGUCUGUUCUCACACAAGCCGAAGUUGACUGCCUGCUCACCGAAAUGGACCCGUAUGUUAACACGGAAGAGGAGAGGGAAGCCCUCGGUUUGAAGGCAUUUACCAAAUACUUCGCUGAAAUACCAGGGUUUGGUGAAAGAUUUUGCACAGAGGAAGAGAAAGAUCUCAAUGUUGUCCUCCACUCGGACGCCGUGAAAAAUAUUGCACGGCAAGCUGGACCGAUAUCUGACAGAGUUUGCAGAAGCACAUGCAACUAUGUUUUUGAAAAGGAAACUAUACUCAGCAAGUUGCUUCCUUUUCAUUGUAAUCUGCACUGA